CCUUGUGUUGUGGAGUGAGUCAGAGCAAUUCACUGAGAGCUCAUCCUGCACAGGGCGCCGUGAGCGGGAGCUUCUCCAGAAAAUUAAUCAGCAGAGAGGGGAACGAGGAAUAAACGGAACCCCCAGAAAACAGCCGGGUUCCUCCCGCUGGCCCUCCAACGGCGCUGAUCACAGCUUGCUCCUUAACUGCAUCAAAGCAAAAGCGCUGGAAAGACUUGAUGGUCAGUCGGCAACUGUGGAAAGAACAGGUUUCCAUGCCUGAUCAAAAAACAUUGGAACAGAUGAUUUGAAUGUUGGCGUAUCUUUGAUUUCCAGAUAAUGGGCUGUGUGCAUUGCAAAGAAAAGGCAUCGACGAAAUCCCAAGCUGAAGAUGGGGAUGGAUUCUUUAACCAAAACACGAACCCACGCUAUGGACCGGACCCCACCAAUCAGCCUCAGCCUGCAGUCUUCACAAGGAUCCCUGACUUCAACAGCUUCCAUGACACUGCCAACACGGCACUGACACCUUUUGGUGGCUCUGUUGGCUACCCAACUGGGUCACUUCCAACCAGAAGUGGAGGGGUGCCAGGAGGUGUGACCCUGUUUAUAGCAUUGUAUGACUAUGAUGCCAGGACAGAAGAUGACCUCACCUUCAGGAAAGGAGAGAAGUUCCAUGUAAUCAAUAGCUCAGAAGGAGAUUGGUGGGAGGCUCGAUCAUUGUCAACUGGGAAAACUGGAUAUGUCCCGAGUAAUUACGUGGCUCCUGUCAACUCCAUCCAAGCAGAGGAAUGGUACUUUGGUAAGAUGGGCCGAAAAGAUGCAGAGAGGAUGUUGCUGUGUCCUGGUAAUCCGCGGGGAACCUUCCUAAUUCGGGAGAGUGAAACAACCAAAGGUGCCUACUCCUUGUCCAUUCGGGAUUGGGAUGAGGUGAAAGGAGACCAUGUGAAACAUUAUAAGAUUCGUAAACUGGAUAAUGGUGGGUAUUAUAUCACAACAAGGGCCCAGUUUGAAACUGUACAGCAACUGGUCCAUCAUUACACAGAACGAGCUGCCGGCCUGUGCUGUCGCUUGGUGGUGCCAUGUCAUAAAGGGAUGCCGAAGUUGGCAGACCUUUCGGUCAAAACCAAAGAUAUGUGGGAAAUACCUCGGGAGUCCUUGCAGCUGAUCAAGAAACUGGGCAAUGGGCAGUUUGGGGAAGUGUGGAUGGGUACAUGGAACGGCACCACAAAGGUUGCAGUGAAGACUCUGAAACCUGGCACCAUGUCACCCGAGGCAUUUCUUGAGGAAGCCCAAAUAAUGAAGAGGCUCAGACAUGAUAAAUUGGUUCAGCUGUACGCAGUGGUGUCUGAGGAACCCAUCUACAUUGUCACAGAAUUCAUGACUAAAGGAAGUUUGCUGGAUUUCCUGAAGGAUGGUGAUGGAAGGGGAUUGAAAUUGCCCCAGUUGGUCGACAUGGCAGCUCAGAUUGCAGCAGGAAUGGCUUAUAUUGAGCGAAUGAAUUACAUCCACAGAGAUUUAAGAGCUGCUAAUAUACUUGUAGGAGAAAACCUUGUGUGCAAGAUAGCAGAUUUCGGGCUGGCAAGACUUAUUGAAGACAAUGAAUACACAGCACGACAAGGUGCCAAAUUUCCAAUAAAAUGGACAGCACCUGAAGCUGCUCUUUAUGGAAAGUUUACAAUCAAGUCUGACGUGUGGUCGUUUGGUAUCCUCUUGACCGAGCUGGUUACCAAGGGGAGAGUUCCUUACCCAGGAAUGAACAAUCGUGAAGUACUGGAGCAGGUGGAACGAGGUUAUCGAAUGCCAUGUCCAAACGCCUGCCCGGCUUCCCUUCAUGACCUUAUGAUCCAAUGCUGGAAGAAAGAUCCAGAAGAAAGGCCAACCUUUGAAUACUUACAGUCCUUCCUAGAGGACUACUUCACAGCAACAGAACCCCAGUACCAGCCUGGGGAAAACUUGUAGAUCCCCCUGGCUGUUAGAACAUUCCUUAGCCAAUGACAAGCUGUAUUUCUGACCAUAUUGUCAACCUGUUCUAAGGCCGCUGAACCUAGAGCCUGAGCUCUAAUGUGACUGCAGCCCAAAACCUGAAGGAACUCGUCAAGUAUGAGACCAAUUAGCACACUUCCAAUUAACAGAACACCCAAUUAGCUUUGGGUUAAUGGUGGCUUCUUUCUUUGCCGCAGUUAAUAUUUUUCAUUUUUAAACGCAGAACACUGCAAUAUGGUUCCACCGUAGGGUUGGGUAUGGAGGGGGAUGUGACAGAAAUGUACUGAUGUUAUUUAGUGAUGUUGAGCUCCAGACACUGAAUUUUAGAUCUACUUGACAGGGUCUAUAAACAGAACCCAGAGCACAGCCAUUGCCUGUGGUUUGUACCCAUUUACUUGGCAUGUUGCUCUCUAUCACACUGUGUAAUAAGAGAACUGAUCUGCGAUGCUUAUUUAACAAGGUUGCAUAGGACCAUGCUAAAAUGGCUAAUUCUUCUUAAUUAAUAUUUCACUGAGCUUUUAUAUUUGAUUUGCCAUAUUCCAGAAGUAUUUUAUUCUGUUAUUUGUACAAUUUUGUAGGGCCUACAGACAAGGAAAUGCAUUUAAAAUGCCUAAUUUUAUACAGUGGUGCAAAGCCAGCAAAGAUGGUCUAGUUUAGACACUGAAUGAUAUGUACUUAGGCUGUAAAUACAAUCUAUUUAGUACCAGUGUUUUAUGAGUUCAAAUCAUGGUUAUGAAGAAGGAACUCAGUGGAUUAAUUUACAAGGCAAGGUAUAGGAUAAUGUGAUGCUACUAAGUUUGAGUCACUGGGUAUAAUAAAUGUGCUCAUUAUUUGUGAACAGCAUAGCAGCUUUAUAUAUGAGCAUCUGGGAAGAUAAAGGUUUACUGGGCUAGCUGAAAUAUUGGGGUGGUGUGAUGUGGAGGAACCGCAUCAGGCUGGGAAAACACAUCACGUCAAGACUGAGGACUACAAUAGUCCUUCCAUGUUGAUCACUUCAAAACUCCUGCCUUCUGUUUGUGGAGCAGCCUGGCUUGAUCAUGUCACGUAAGAUGUUAAGGGGGGGGGGUCACUGCUGCCAUUAUGGUCGCAGCUAAUGGUUGGGUGCAGGCUGACAAUCUUUCAAUCAGCACCUGUGCAAAAUUCUCAUGAAGUGCCACAUUGAGACGACGCUGGUACUGUGCAACACCCACUGCCUUCUGAGAAAGGCUUGUGUUACGGACAAUAUGGGGACAAGCCCAUCAACCGGGCUGGCCAACUUCAGUCCAUCCUGAGAAGAAAGAUCAUUUGGAGAACUGGAAUAUGUCUCCCAACCUCUUCAGUGAUGACUCGUUUGGAAUAAUCAGGAAGUUUCAGGUUCAGAAUCAAAUCAUCGAAUUUGAGCAACCUCUGGAGUAAAAAGGAACUGGAAUAUUUCUUUUUACAAAAGGUUUAAUUGUGUAUUAUUUAAUUUUUUUUCACCUACCUAACAUGAUCUGGAUUGUAAAUCCAAUAAAUAUUUUCUCAUCGUUACUUGUGCAAGUGACUGGAGAUUAAUUUUUUUGCUUGCUCUGAAACCGGCAUUAUUUCUUAACCUGUCUUAGAAUAGAGACUGCUUUAGUGAAUUUUCUUACUAAAAGAGCAUUGUACAGCUUUUGUUGAGCAUUAUGUAAAUUUGUUACUUUGGUGUGUUCACAAGUGACUCAAUUGCGACAAAAUAUGAUUGAAUUAAAAUUACUUUUACAAUCAA